AUGGCAUAUGACCGAUACAUUGCUGUCUGCAAACCACUGUAUUAUGGGAUAAUAAUGAACAGAAGAGCUUGUGUCCAGAUGGCUGCCUGUGCUUGGACUGCUAGUGUCAUCUACUCUGCACUGCACACUGGGAACACCUUUAGUCUCCCCUUCUGCCACUCAAAUACCAUCAACCAGUUCUUCUGUGAAGUGCCCCAGUUGCUCAAGCUCUCCUGCUCUGACACAUACUGCAGAGAGCUAGCAGCUCUUGUCUUCAGUGUGUUUUUAGCUCUUGGUUGUUUUGUUUUCAUCGUUGUGUCGUAUGUUCAGAUCUUCACCGCAGUGUGGAGAAUCCCCUUUGAGCAGGGCCGGCAGAAAGCCUUCUCCACUUGCAUUCCUCACCUGAUUGUGGUCUCCCUGUUUAUCUUCACUGGUGUCUUUGCCUACGUGAAACCCACCUCCUACUUCCCAUCCUCUCUAGAUCUUCUGACAGCUGUUCUGUAUUCUGUGGUUCCUCCAAUGGUAAAUCCAUUCAUCCAUAGCAUGAGGAACAAGGAGAUCAAAUGUGCUCUGAGAAAACUGCUCCAAAGGCAGAUGCUCUCCAAGAACAGCAUGUCCCUUUUUACUUUGUGA